AUGAUUAAUGAUAUUGAGAAUAUGUUGAAUUCUUUCUGGUGGGAAAGAGGUAAUCGUAACAGUGGAAUACAAUGGAUGUCAUGGGAGAAUCUAGCUUGUAUUAAGAAGGAAGGUGGGUUGGGUUUCUUGGAUUUUAAAGCCUUUACAAUGACUAUGGUUGCUAAACAAGGUUUGCAUCUGUUGACAAAACCCCAUGCUCUUGUAUCCAAAAUAUUCAAAGUAAGGUAUUGUUCUAUAACUUUUUUCUUUGAUGUUAAUCUUAGCUAUAAUCCAAGUUUUGUAUGGCGGAGCAUUUGGAAAGAGAGCGAAGUUUUAAAUUUAGGUUGUAGGUGA